GCUACGCCUGCGCAGACGGCGGGGCCCGCGACGCCCACCCGUGCGCACUGCGCUCGUGUCCGCGCCCUCGCGAGCACGCCCCGCGCCUCACUGUCCCGUUAUCCCCGGGCCUCCGCGAGCAGCGGUGCUGACCCCGCGGUCCGACAUGUCGCAGGUGCCCGCAGUCAGCAGCGUCCCGCGGACGGGCGCAGCAAGCGGCGACCGCGGGCUCCCGCAGGCCGAGGUAGGCGGCGGGCGGCGUGCGCUCCCGGCUCCGGCGCGACCUGAGGAGGUCCGGAGAGGCCCGAUGGCGGCGGCCCGGGAAGGCCCCGCAGCCCCGGCGGCGGCCAGGGGAGGCCGGGUGGCUGCAGCCCGGGAAGGCAGGGCGGCGGAGGCGCGGGGAGGCCCCGCGGCGGCGGCCCGUGGCGGCGCGGCUGCCCGCGAAGGCCCGGUGGCGGCGGCGGCGGCGUCCAGGGAAGCCCGGAUGGCGGAGGUGGCCCGGCUGCUGGGCGAGCCGCUGGAGGAGGAGGCUCCGGAGGGCAGGCCCCGCUCCAGGGCGGGCGGCCUGGCGGCGAUGCCGUACAUGCGCUUCCGCCACCCCCUCAGCGUCCUGGGCAUCAAUUACCAGCAGUUCCUGCGCCACUACCUGGAGAACUACCCGAUCGCCCCCGGCCGGAUCCAGGAGCUGGAGGAGCGCCGGCGGCGCUUCGUGGAGGCCUGCAGAGCCCGGGAGGCGGCCUUCGACAUCGAGUACCUGCGCAACCCCCAGAGGGUGGAUUUUGACAUUUUAACGUUUACCAUAGCCCUGACUGCGUCAGAGGUGAUCAAUCCUCUAAUAGAAGAACUGGGUUGCGAUAAGUUCAUCCACAGAGAGUGAGGAGUCGGGCUGGGGGAUGGGCACGGCACCAAGACCUCUGCAUCCACGUGAAACCCCAUCCUACGACUUGGUUUUCUUUUCAGUAAUCAAAAGGAUCUUGGGAGUGAGGCAGUGUUUCGUUGGAGGGAGGAAAAGCGCCAGAAAAUUGGGGGGGAAAUGUCGAAAGCAUCGUAAGACUCCUCUACCAUUAUCUUGAGUUUAUGAUUGGUUGAGAUUUCUUGUGUUAUGGAAAAUGUCCAUCUUCGUGGCCUCGUUAAUAAGGAUGGUUUUGUAAAACUUUGAAGACUCAAAAUUGCCAGUAGUAGAGCCCAGAACGAAGAAAGAUCAACGUGAAGAGUUCAAACUGGUUUUAGGUCGAAGUUUAUGUCAAGAACUUGACCUUGUCAGAACAGGCAAAGUCUUCAUGUCGACAAGAGUGUAUUAGUGUAAGAUGGAUUUUGUGUUUCUGAGACAUUGCAAAUGGCAAGCAACAUAAAUAUUGUACAUAGUACGUGAUAAAUCGUGUUUCAAACAUA